CGAGGGGUAGGAAGGUCGGAACCCUGGUGACCGACGAGCUACUGCUCGAGUCCGGGCUGCUAGAUUACAACCCUGCAGUUCGUCCCAUUGAAUCCUCGAGGCCGAACUCCGAACUUGAUAUGUCGAGCUUGCUUCCCCCCUUUUUUCCUCUAACCUUGUGCUGACCCCUGUUUUUAUUUUGCAGCCAUGGUUUGCGGAUUUGCAAGCAGCGUGAAGCGCAAGUCCAAGGGCCGAGCCCAUGCUYUUGAGGCCGCCCAGAGUUCGAAACCUGCCACCCCUGCCGUGGCAGGGCCUGCCUCGGAAGAUCCAGCCCCAGUGAUCGAGCUGGAGUCUUCUGGGGGUCCCUCGAGGGAGAAGCGCCCCAGGGAUCAGACCGAGGCGGUGGACGCCCUGCCUUUGGGCGAGGAGGUGAGGGAGGAAGUCCCUCUGAAGCGAAGGAGGAAGAAAAAGAAGACGAUCUCCCCCUUGGAGGUCGGAGCUUGCGGGGUCUUGCCUGCGAGUUUCGCAGAUCGGGUGGACGAUCCUGAGGCCAGGAUGGGCGGGACGUCCGACGUGACGGCACGGUUCAGAGUUCAGCCGUCAAGUGCCGGGGUGAGGGACCAGGUGUCCCGCAUCUCGGCUGCAAGUUUGGACCGCUGCCUAAGGAGGGCGUCCAAAUUUGUGAGCGACCCAGGGUCCGUUCUGCAGAGGACCAUCGACUACGCCGCUGAGGCGUUUGUUGCUUCCAUUCAAUCGGCUCUGGCCGUAAAGGCCGAGCUGGAUGGGAGGGAAGUUCUGGCAGCGAGGGAGAAAGAGGAGUUCUCUGCGCUUGAAGCGAAGGACAAGGAGCUGGAGCAUGCGACUGCCGAGCUGGAGACGGCGAAGGAGCGUCUCAGCAAUGGAGUCCUACUGGAGGAAUCGUUUAGGUAG